CAUAUUAUAUUUUACAUAUUUUCAACUACUCACCUAUAGGUAGCAUAUUUCUGUAUCAAUGACAUAUUACAUAUCUAAAGUUAUAUUUUUUGAAUAAAAAAAAAUGUAACCGCAUUGUUUCUCUCUGCUCUGUGCAUGACUUAAACUCCGUAUCGAUAUUAUACAUUACAUAGAUACUAAGUGAUUCGCGUGAACAUGUUCGUGAAUUUUCUAGAAGGCAUCUACAUCCCCACCUUAAUAUUUGUUUCCUAAUUUCAAGUCUCGUGCGAGGACUUGUGAAUUUCACGUUAUUUAUUCGUUCAUAAGGAUAUUGACGUUGAAAACGUGUUCCGAAUAUUAAAAAAAAUUGUCUCUUCAGCAGAGUGAUCAGAUUGUACCAAUAAUUUUUAGUUGGAAAUUGUUUUAUAUUAAAAAUAUAAGAGAAGUGACUGGCACAAUUGUACAGAACGUCGGCAAACAUUUUUGAACAUCUUGGUUACAGUUGAUAUAUUUGGACGUUACAGCAGUACUGAUACAUUACUUAUUUCACUUAUAAGAUGGCAAAGUGGGGUGAAGGUGAUCCCAGGUGGAUUGUUGAAGAAAGGCCUGAUGCCACUAAUGUCAAUAACUGGCAUUGGACGGAGAAAAAUGCCUGUGCCUGGUCCCAGGAUAAGUUGAAAGAAUUAUUUACCAAUAUGAAGAUAGAAGGAGAUGAAGUUGUAUGUACGGUAACAGAGGUAGAGAAAAGCGAGGGUGAGGCAAUGGCUAACAAUAGGAAAGGUAAAUUAAUUUUCUUCUAUGAAUGGAAUAUUGUUUUAAAAUGGAUAUUCAAUGGAAAAUCUGAUAAGAAGAUUGAGGGUAAAAUAAACAUUCCAAAUCUAUCUGAGGAGAAUGAUAUUACUGAAGUAGAUAUCGAAAUUACUUUGAAAGAUAGCACAGAUGAAGGCGAAGUAAUAAAACAUUUUCUACACACGAAAGGAAAGGACGCUAUUCGAGAAAAAUUAAAGAAAUAUGUCUCCGCUUUAAAAGAAGAGUUUGCAGCUGGAAUGAUACUACCAAAAAAAGAUAAUGUAAAAGAGAAUAUUUCAAAUAUCAUUUCUGGAUUCAAUGCAAAAAUGCAAAUGAAUUCCACAGUGGUGUCGUCAAAUAAGGAAAAAUCAUUGGGAACCAAGAUUUUAACAUCAACAAUCAAACAGCAACAGAAGUUCCAAUGUAGAGCAGAGGAUUUCUAUAAUGUGUUCACAAAAAACGAGAUGGUUCAGGCAUUCACGAAAGGACCGGUAAAAUUAGAGCCGAAGAAAAGUGGAAAGUUUGAACUGUUUGGUGGUAACAUUCAUGGAGAAUUCACUGAAAUUACGCCCACAAAGAUUGUGCAAAGGUGGCGUUGCAAACAAUGGCCUGAUGGACACUUCAGUGAAGUAACUAUUGCAAUCUCGGAGAAGAAUGAUCAUACUGAAGUUAAUUUAACACAAACCGGUGUUCCAUCCAGUGAGGAAGAUUCAACGAAAGAGAAUUGGGAGAGGUACUAUUGGGAUGCUAUAAAACGUACAUUUGGAUUUGGCUAUUUCAUGUGAUCUAUGUAUAUUUUAAGUUUAUCUUGCUUAUUGAUAAGUAGAAGAAUUAUUAAAAUGUGUACUAUUGUGCGUCGCCUCGCAUGUCUUUUACGAAUUAGCCACUUAAUAAUCAAUCUUAAACAAACUGUGUCUUGUCUCGAUUCUAGUUACUCGAACUUUUCAUUUUUCGACAUUUUCUAUUUAAUACGCUGCAUCAUUUAAGCAGAGCAUCAUGUUUUGCUUAUACUUGAAAUAUCGAUGAGACGUCUGUAUUGAUAGUUGUAUAUGUCAAAUAAAACAAGUUAAACAC